AUGGCUUCCACUUCCUCGCCAGCGUCGCUGACGUCGCUGUUUGUCCCCGUUGAAUCGCAGGCCGCCAUCCAGGUGAUCAAUGAAAGCAAGGAGUUCAACCCCAGGAUCUUGGAGUACGUCGAUAAGGUGACCCCGGCCGCCGUGGGCAGCGACUACCACAUCAUUUCCGUGUUUGGCUCCCAGCUGACGGGUAAGUCGACGUUGCUCAAUCGCUUGUUUCACACUGAUUUCGAUACCAUGGACGAUUCUCAGGGCCGGGCCCAGACGACUAAGGGGAUCUGGAUGGCGUACUCGCCCGCCAUCACCUCCACCAACGCUAAGCUGAAAAAUAACGACAACAUCUUCGUCAUGGACGUCGAAGGUACCGACGGCCGUGAACGUGGUGAAGAUCAAGACUUUGAACGUAAGGCGGCGUUGUUUGCGUUGUCAACCUCCGAAAUUUUGAUCGUCAAUAUCUGGGAACACCAGGUGGGUCUCUACCAAGGGGCCAACAUGGGGUUGCUCAAGACGGUAUUCCAAGUAAACCUCCUGCUUUUCGGUAAGGCCAAGCUCAGCCAGGACGCCAAUAAGGACCACAGAGUGUUGCUUUUGUUUGUCAUUCGUGAUUUCAUCGGCAACACUCCCUUAGAGAUUACUGCGGAGCAAUUGCGGGUAGACUUGAUCAAGAUGUGGGACACCAUGGACAAACCUGCUGAGUUGGCCCACCUUCGCUUUGACGACUUCUUUGAUUUGGACUUCCACGCCAUCCACCACAAGAUCUUACAACCCGAAGAUUUCAAGCAUGACAUUGCCUUGCUUGGGGACAGAUUGACCGCCCCUAAAUCGUUGUUCAAGCCGCAGUACCACCACAAUAUCCCCAUUGACGGGUGGACGAUGUACGCUGAAAACUGCUGGAAGCAAAUCGACUCCAAUAAAGACUUGGACUUGCCCACCCAACAGAUUCUUGUUGCCAAGUUUAAGUGUGAUGAGAUUGCUACGUCUGUGUUCAACAACUUUGCGAAGAAGUUUGAAGCGGUAGUCACCGAAAACCCUCCCUCAGCUGACACUGAUUUGGAGAACUUGGGCAGAUACAUGCAAGAUUUGAAGGAGGAAGUUUUGCAAGAGUACGACGAAGAUGCUCUGCGCUACAACCCUACCGAAUACAAGUUGCGCCGUGAUUUGUUAGAGGAGGAGCUUCACUACAAAUUCCAAUCGGUGUUCGACGCCCACGUCACCUAUGCCUGCAGAGCCCUCUUGGAAAAGUACGCUGCUCUGUUGAAAUCUCUUAAGGGCAAGGACUUUGCUAACCAGCUGCAACUCCACAAUGAACAACUUGACAGACAAUUUGCUGAGCUUGCUUCACACUUGCUGUUGGGUGGCGCAUUGGAAGUUGCUCACUUGAAGGCUCAACUUCAAGAGGAAGCCGAAGUGAUUUUCAAGAAGCAACAAGCUCACGAAUUGACCACCCUUGUCAAUAAGGGCGCCAAGCGGUUGGGCAACGCUAUCAGCAAGUACAUGGAAGGGGAGUUGUUCGAAGCUGCACAUGGCGAAGAGGACGACAAUGCUUGGGAAUUGAUCGAGACUGAAUUUAAGAAAUUGCAAAAGCUAUUCUUGGAAAAGUAUCAGAAGGGGGACAAGAUCGACUUUGGCUUGGCCACCUCGGAUGCCCAGAAUGCGGAAGCUGUUGAACGGUUUAAGUUUAAGGCGUGGGACGCCUGGUAUCAAGCCACCCACAAGCUCAUUACCAGAGAGAGUGUCUUGGCUGUUCUCAAGGAUCGGUUUGAAGGUCAGUUCAGAUAUGAUGAGCAUGGGAAGCCUCGGUUGUACCAGAACACUUCCCAACUUGAGAUUUCAUUCGACAGAUCCAAAGCUUACGCUUUAGCUGUUCUUCCCCUUGUUUGCGUGGCUUGUCGUUCCGACGGCAGUGAAAUCACUCCGCUGGUUGACAUCUUCGACCCUCGUGUUCGUGCUAAAUAUGCGCAUGACUCGUUGGUUGACGAAGAAGACCUGGACUCCGAAAAUGAGACUUCCUUUGCCCAAAUCCUCGAUGACAAGGACCAAGAUAUUGUCAUCAAGAAGUUCAAGAAAGAGAUUGACGCUCAAUUUAUUGAAACGAAGCGACUGAUCAUCCAACAUAUCACCCAAAUUCCCUACUACAUUUACAUUAUCAUUUUACUUUUGGGCUGGAACGAGUUCAUGGCGGUGUUGCGCAACCCCUUGUUGUUUUCCUUACUACUUAUCUUUGGCGGGGCGGUGUAUGCAUUGUACACGAUGAAUAUGUUGACUCCUGCAAUCUCGGUGGCCCAGCGCUUGUCUGAUGAGGCCAUCCAAAUCGGCAAGGAGAAGUUGAGAGAACUCUUGAUUGACGAUAGCAUGACUCAAGGCAGACAGAUCCGCAAGGCUGGAGGCGCCGCUGCCAGAGAAACCCGGGCUGAGGUCGUCGUCAACGAUAGCGACGAAGGCGAAGCCAUUGAGAUGCAAGAACUAUAA